AUGAAUUUUCAAUCAAAUGAACAAUCAACAGUUACCAAUAAUGAUACUUCAAUCUAUUUGAAUGAUAACCAACCAAAUAAUUCAUUACCCUCAAAUAUUGAAUCAAGAUUUAGUCCAACAACGAAUUACGCUCUAGAUUUUCAUUCAAUAAAUGAAUUAGUCGAUUUGCAUAAGAAACUUUUACGCAAACGAAAAAUGUAUUGCUAUUACAUAUUUGGAAUAUCGUCCUUAAUUGGUUUGAUAUUAUUAAUCGUAGGCUUUGUUCACCCAACAUGUAGUAUUAUUGGUUAUAACUGUCCAACAGCAUAUACAGUAUGUCUCGCUCUUGGUGGAAGUCUAAUAUUUUUUGGCAUUGUGAUUGUGUUGACGCUUCUCUGUGAUGAUUUGUGUAGAGAACAACAAUAUGAGGAUGUAAAUUUUAGCGUUAAUGGACAGCAGCCAGUCGUAUGGCGAUUGGAUGGCGAACCGUGGGUACGGUAUUUGAAAUAUAUACAUGGCCCAAAUCGAAUGUGGACACAAAUGAAUCCAUGGUCAUCUUUCUGUUGUCGACUUUCGACUUAUGAGCGAUUAAUGAAUCGUCAAUAUGGUCACAUUAUUUUACAUGAAAAAGGUUUAAUAAUUGAUGAAUUAUAUUUUGUUUCAUUUCGAGCUUAUACAUUAGAAGGUGUAGAAAUACUCUGUAUCGACCAACAUCCACAAAUAAUAGGUUUAAGAAUACAUACUUAUUUUCAAGCAGGAAAAAAUAGUCGCAGUUGUUAUUAUGAUUUAUUUGCACCAUCAUCAGUUUCAUUCGAACAAAUACAAGCACUCGCCCGAGCAUACAUUAUCAAAAUAUAUGGAGUUAGUGCACUUCGUUCUCCUUUGACAGUAAUUCGUCUUCCUAGAUCAAUAUUAUCUGCACUCAACUAA